GCCUGGUUUGAGGAAGGCGAGGAGACAGUCACUGCAUUCGUGGAGCCAUUCGUCAUUCUCCUGAUCCUCAUCGCCAAUGCCAUUGUAGGAGUCUGGCAGGAGAGGAACGCUGAAAACGCCAUCGAGGCCCUGAAGGAGUAUGAACCCGAGAUGGGCAAGGUGUACCGUGCAGACAGGAAAUCUGUGCAGAGAAUCAAGGCCCGGGACAUGGUCCCUGGCGACAUUGCCGAGGUGGCUGUGGGUGACAAGGUGCCAGCCGACAUCCGGCUCCUCUCCAUCAAAUCCACCACCCUGCGUGUGGACCAGUCCAUCCUGACAGGUGAGUCUGUCUCUGUUAUCAAGCACACGGACCCUGUCCCGGACCCUCGCGCUGUCAACCAGGACAAGAAGAACAUGCUCUUCUCGGGCACCAACGUGGCAGCUGGCAAGGCUGUGGGCAUUGUCAUUGCCACGGGGGUGAGCACCGAGAUCGGGAAGAUCCGGGAUCAGAUGGCGGCCACGGAGCAGGAGAAGACGCCACUGCAGCAGAAGCUGGAUGAGUUCGGGGAGCAGCUCUCCAAGGUCAUCUCGCUCAUCUGCGUGGCCGUCUGGCUCAUCAAUAUUGGCCACUUCAACGACCCAGUCCACGGCGGCUCCUGGAUCCGCGGUGCCAUCUACUACUUCAAGAUCGCCGUGGCCCUGGCCGUGGCCGCCAUUCCUGAAGGUCUCCCCGCCGUCAUCACCACCUGCCUGGCCCUGGGCACCCGCCGCAUGGCCAAGAAGAACGCCAUUGUCCGGAGCCUGCCGUCUGUGGAGACGCUGGGCUGCACCUCAGUCAUCUGCUCUGACAAGACCGGCACCCUCACCACCAACCAAAUGUCUGUGUGCAAGAUGUUUGUCGUUGAGAAGGUGGAGGGAGAUGUCUGUUCCCUGAAUGAGUUCAGCAUUACCGGUUCCACCUACGCCCCUGAGGGAGAAGUACUGAAGAGUGACAAGCAUGUGAAGGCUGGGCAGUACGAUGGGCUGGUUGAACUGGCCACUAUCUGUGCCCUCUGCAAUGACUCCUCCCUGGAUUACAAUGAGGCCAAGGGUGCCUAUGAGAAGGUGGGGGAAGCCACCGAGACGGCGCUGACCUGCCUGGUGGAGAAGAUGAAUGUUUUCAACACAGAUGUGCGGAGCCUGUCCAAGGUGGAGCGUGCCAAUGCCUGCAACUCUGUGAUUAAGCAGCUGAUGAAGAAGGAGUUCACCUUGGAGUUCUCCCGCGACAGGAAGUCCAUGUCCGUAUACUGCUCCCCCGCCAAGGCCUCCCGCGCAGCUGUCAGCAACAAGAUGUUCAUCAAGGGUGCCCCUGAGGGGGUUAUCGACCGCUGUAACUAUGUCCGAGUGGGCACCACCCGUGUCCCCCUCACACCCCUGGUGAAAGACAAGAUCUUGACUGUCAUCAAGGAGUGGGGGACGGGGCGGGACACACUGCGCUGCCUGGCCCUGGCCACACGUGACACCCCCCCCAGGAGAGAAGACAUGGUGCUGGAGGACUCCACCAAGUUUGUCGAGUAUGAGGUGGACCUGACCUUUGUGGGCUGCGUGGGAAUGCUGGACCCACCCCGGAAGGAGGUGAUGGGCUCCAUCCAGCUGUGCCGUGACGCCGGCAUCCGUGUCAUCAUGAUCACGGGGGACAACAAGGGCACGGCCAUUGCCAUCUGCCGCCGCAUCGGGAUCUUCACCGAGGACGAGGAGGUGACGGGCAGGGCCUACACAGGCCGCGAGUUCGACGACCUGCCCCCCGCCGAGCAGCGGGAGGCCUGUAAGCGGGCCUGCUGCUUCGCCCGUGUCGAGCCCGCCCACAAGUCCAAGAUUGUGGAGUUCCUGCAGUCCUUUGACGAGAUCACAGCCAUGACAGGCGACGGGGUGAAUGACGCCCCUGCACUGAAGAAGGCUGAGAUUGGCAUCGCCAUGGGCUCUGGCACAGCCGUGGCCAAGACGGCCUCCGAGAUGGUCCUGGCUGACGACAACUUCUCCACCAUCGUGUCCGCCGUGGAGGAGGGCAGGGCCAUCUACAACAACAUGAAGCAGUUCAUUCGCUACCUCAUUUCCUCCAAUGUGGGCGAGGUUGUCUG